AUGGACCUUCAGGGCUCCUUCCUGAGAGCCAGACACCAGACUCUUCCCGGAACCCUCUCCUUCUCCCUGCUGCUCUCAGGUCCGGGGUUGGUCCCGGGCUCCAUCCUACCUUAUGAGGGCCCCUCAACCCUGGGCCCUCCAGCACUGACCACUGACUGUGGGACUCUCUCUGCAGUGGACAUCACUCUGGAUCCAAAAACAGCUUAUCCUUAUCUCAUCCUAUCCGAGAAUUUGAAACAGGUGGAAGUGGGAGAUGAGGAAAAGGAACUGCCAAAUAACCCUGAGAGAUUUAAUCGUUGUGCCUGUGUGCUGGGCCAAGAGAACUUCACCUCAGGGAGAUAUUGCUGGGAGGUGAAGGUGGGAGACAAGAUGGGUUGGCAUUUGGGCAUUUGUAGGGAAAACGUGAAGAGAAAAGGGUGGAUCUUCGUGUUACCUGAGGAGGGAUUCUGGACUGUGGAGAAAAAUGAAGACGGUUACUGGGCCCGUACUUCUCCCUGGACCCGUCUCUCCCUGACCAAACCACCACAUCGGGUGGCAGUUUACCUAGACUAUGAGGCUGGAGUCAUCUCAUUCUACAGUGGGACUGAUGGAUCCCACAUCUACACUUUCCCCCAUGUCACCUUCUCUGGAACCCUCCGGCCUUUCUUCUGGCUUUCGUCCACUGACCCGAUCCCCCUAACUAUUUUCUCUGUGCCUGGUAAGGCUUAGGGAAACCUUGUCCUUGCCUCUGGUCCUGCCCCAUUUCAGGAGACCCAAGUUACCUUCCUAAAGGGUGGAACUGACUGCAGCCCCUAGGGAUGGGGAUCCCAUCUCUGGUGCCGAUGCCCCAGUGCUUCUCACCCAGCCCAGCCCCAAGGUCCCUCCUGCCCCUUAGGGAGCCGCCCAGCCCCUGCCCUCUGUGCCCUGCAGCUCUCUGUCCCCUCCCAUGGCUGCAGUUGCCUGUGUCCCUGGCUUCUCUGCUGUUCCCCUGGAGCAGGCCCAGGCUGGAGGUCUGUGUCUGCUGCUGCUGCUCUGGGGAAGGGUCCCCGCUGGGGGUGGGACUGGGGGACAUUAUAGUGGCUGCUGCAGCUCUGGUCCAUCACUGGAGGUUUCUCAAGUGCCACUGCCCCUUCUACUGCCUCCACCUCCUCUGGAACAUGAACUCAGAGGGUAGAGUGUCAGCUCACAUCCACAGCACCCUAAAUUCAGUGGACAGAGGGGAAGCUCACCUCCACUGGACCCUGGACUCGGAGGGCAGAGGGGCAGCGCGCCUUCUUGGUGAGCUCUUUAUAGGCAUAGAAUGUGUCUAUAUGUUGUUAUAUUGUACUCUCCUAAGUGGUUAUUACAGUACUCUGCACACAGUAAGCACUCAAUAAAUACGACUGAAUAAAGGAAUGAGCGGCCCCGAUUACCAGAGACUCCCACUUCUUCCAACUCUUCUCAUGGCUGUGGGACAGCUUGGAUCCUUCUUUUGGUCCACUAUUCCAAAAUCCCCAUGGAACUGGGUUCUAUUUGCAUCUCAACCUGGAGCUGGUUAUCGUGGGCACAGGCCAGACUUACACUUUAGCAAGUUCUGCACCCUGAAUGAUGACUGUCUUGGUGUUCUCGGUGCCCAGUGGGGACCUCAUGAGCAGGACAAGAGAGUGUGAAUGGUUUUGCAAAAACCAUCAGCACUAGAAUCGACUCAUCUGUGCACAUUUUCACCCUGUAUUCUCAGAACUGAGGCUCAUCUGUCAUUUCUGAAGGGAGACCCCAUCCCUGAAGACCUACUUGUGUGCAGCACACUCAUAUGAGCACAGAAUGUGCACAGAGCGCUGUAGGAAGUGUUGGGAGCAUUCAUCAUGCCUGCCCUCAAGAAGUUGACAGUCCCAUGAGGGAGAGCAGUAGGCAGAAAUUGUAUGAACAAGAUCAGCAGAUGAAAUAAACCAACCAAUUACUUA